AUCCCUGUCGGAUAGGGCUGAUGGGGUUGCUAGAGCUGUUGAAAAUGAUGCAGGUUAGAGAGGUUAUUAUGAUUUGUUAGUCAUUAUCAUCAUUAUUUUGAUUGUACAAGCGAUAUACGAAGUAAAUAAUACAUGAAAAAUAUUUUUUUGUUUGAGGAAAAGUGUGAACGAGUUUUGGAAAAUGGGUUGAUUAUGUCUGAAGAAAUAGACCUGAAUAAUGCCUUCGAAAACCUACUCUUAGCAGAAGAUAUUGCCGAACAAAAUGGCUACGAAGAGGGUUAUAAAAUUGGCCAAAAUAAUUCUUUGCACGGAUAUCACAUCGGUUACCACAAAGCAAGUAUAGUUGCUGCUAAACUGGGAUAUUACAAAGGUAUUCUGGCAAAAAAUCAAAGAAAAUCUUUUUCUCCAAAAAUUCACCAGCAAGCAAAAAAACUGCUUGAUGAUAUACGUAUGUUUCCCGUUUAUAAUAACAGUUCAGUAGAAAUUUUAAACUACUUUGAUAGUAUAAAAUUAAACUUUAAUAAAUUGUGUUCAAUGUCAAAGAUUACCUGUACAUAUUCCGAACUCGACCAGCUUCAUUUCUGAUUCGAUUCAAAAAACAUUCUUAGAAAAAUG